AUGAAGUCAUUCUCUCUGGUCACUCUCUUGUGCACCAUGGCCACAGCUGCAGUUAUCCCUCGUGAUACUGUCUUCGAUGGCCAUUGCUGCUUCACGUUACAAGAUGUGGCAACUAGUGCUACAGUUCAACAAAACAGCGACGGCAACUUGCUGCUUAAUGCUGGCAAAACCGACGGCUUCUACUGUAUCGAUCUGUCCAACUCUCAAGACAUUCUUCGAGACAACGCCUUCAACGCUUGCUUUCUAAGCCCAAGCGGUGCUCUCAAAUGCGUCGAUCCAACGCCUGGUUUCCAAUCAUGGACGCUACAAAAGAGUGGCAGCAACACACUUCUUAAGCACGAUGGAGGAAGCACAUUCAACUCAUGCUCAAAAACUUCUACGAGUGCAAAAGGCACUGUUCUAUAUGGAGACAAACACACGGAUGCCACGACGUGUAAGAAGGUUACACUGAAGGCGAAGAAUUUUAAGGGCACAUGCAAGAAUCUCUAG